GCUGCGGGCAGUAGAAGUGCAGCAGAGCACCCAGGGCCGAGCCGUCUGUGCUGUCUUUCAGCAGGUUGUCCACAGGAGGGAUCCACAGAUCGGACUGGGGAGAGGUUUGCUCUUUCCUGUACCGCGCCUGCAUGGCAAGAACACUUUUGAAAGGGCCAGGGGACUAAUGUAAGUCCUCGGAGGCCACUCUGCCUUCACCAUCCUCUCCUCGGCUCCGCUGAACAGACUUGAGGAUAUUGAUUGAGAUCUGCUGUGGUCCAACAAGAUCGAAUGGCAACAAAGUCAGGGACAGACGGCACUUGGACGUGCUUCUCUUCUGUCGUGCUGCUCCGGCUCGUCUUGGCCCGUGAGAUCAAGGAAAAGAUAUUAAGGACGGAGUGAAUCGGUGCGAUGUGGAGGUCAAUAAUCGCCAAACAGGAUGUUUAUGCCAAGAGCCCUGAAAGUGAAGAGACCUGUCCAAGGAUCAGGGCACAUUGUAAACAAGAAAAGCAAGAUUGAACAGAGUGAGAGAAAGGAUACAAGUAUAUCAGAGACACAAGUUCUUAAGGACAAGCCAUAUGAAGAUGCAACAAUACAAGAUGAGACAAUACAAUCAGGAGGUGACUCUGCAACUUUGACAGAGAGCUCAGUAGUUGAAGAUGCACUGGAGUCUUCGUCCAGUAACUCAGGGGAAGAGGAGGAGGAGGAAGAGGAGGAUGAACCGGUCAAGUCAUUUAAAAAGAGCCAGAGAUGGCCGGAGCCAGGGGAACCUGUCUGUGUGAUGUGUGGUCGUUAUGGCGAGUACAUUUGUGACCGCACUGACAAUGAUGUUUGCAGUCUUGAAUGCAAAGCUAGCCAUUUACAGCAAAUGGGAAUGGGGACUGGGCCUGAUGUGUUUAACCGCAAGGACGUAAAAGGAGAUGGAAGGACUCAACAGGCAUCAGUUGACAGAGGUGGGGUGGCUGCAAGCGAAGCAGAGUAUUCCUACAAGGAAGAUGCAUUCAUAUCAGAUUUAACAGAUGAACAGGUGCAGCGUGUUAAGCAGGAGCUAGGCAUUGAAACCCAGGGGACUGAUGUAAGGAGACCCAUCAUUGAGUUUGAACACUGUGGUUUCCCUGCCACUCUGAGGAGUAACCUGAAGAAGGCUGGCUAUGAAGCGCCCACGCCGGUCCAGAUGCAGAUGGUGCCUGUUGGUCUCAGUGGCAGGGAUGUGAUUGCAAGCGCUGACACAGGCUCAGGGAAAACUGUUGCCUUUUUGCUGCCGGUGGUAGUGAGAGCACUGGAGAAACCAGCCCACAGUGCGCACAGCCCUGUAGCUCUGAUCCUGACUCCCACUAGAGAGCUAGCCAUUCAGAUAGAGAGACAGGCCAAGGAACUGGUCAUGUGUCUUCCCAACAUGAGAACUGCUCUACUGGUAGGCGGCAUGCCGCUUCCCCCACAGCUCCACCGCCUCAAAUCCAGCAUCAAAAUCAUCAUAGCCACACCUGGGCGACUCCUUGAGAUCUUGAGGCAGAAAGCAGUGACGCUAAACAAAGUGAAGGUUGUGGUGGUUGAUGAGGUGGACACUAUGUUGAAGAUGGGCUUCCAGCAGCAGGUGCUGGAGGUACUGGAACAAGUCCCUGAAGAACACCAGACUCUGCUGGCAUCGGCCACCAUCCCAACAGGAACAGAAGAGUUGGCUGCUCGACUUGUCCGCGACCCUGUUCGUAUUGCUAUUGGAGAGAAGAACCAGCCGUGUGCCGAUGUGAGGCAGAUCCUGUUGUGGGUUGAAGAACCCUCAAAGAAGAAGAAGUUGUUUGAGAUUCUUAAUGACAGUAAGCUCUACCACCCCCCAGUGGUGGUGUUUGUGGACUGUAAACUGGGGGCUGAUCUGCUGUGUGAGGCAGUCUCUCAGGUGACUGGUCUCAAUACAGUGGCAAUACACUCUGACAAGAGCCAACUGGAACGCAACCGCAUCCUCAGAGGUCUGCUGGAUGGGGAGUUUGAGGUUGUGAUCAGUACAGGAGUGUUGGGCAGGGGACUAGACCUGGUAAACGUAAGACUGGUGGUUAACUUUGACAUGCCCAACACAAUGGAUGAGUACGUCCAUCAGGUGGGCAGAGCAGGUCGGCUGGGACACAGGGGAACAGCCAUUUCUCUUCUCAACAAUAACAACAAGCGCUUGUUCCUAGAGGUGGUGAACCGAGUCAGACCCACAGGGUCCAUCCUUCCCCCACAGCUACUAAACUCACCCCACCUCCAUGAGCAACAGAGAAGGCAAAAACAAAAGAUAAAACUGGCUCAUGAGGACAUUCUGGUCACCAAGAACAACCUCUUAGACAUCAUAAGGAAACACCACCGUUCUAAGAAGUAGCAAUUUCCGCAAAUCUUUCCUGCAAUGGUGUCUAUUUAAUGAGGAAAUACUAAAUGUUUAUUUUGUAUAUUGUCUUUUGGAAAACAAUAAAUGUUAAUUUUGAUUUA